AGCCAAUGUACCUGAGGAAAUUAGCCAGUUACGCAGCACUUUCUGUCACGUGACACUAAGACCCAAUGAUAGUGUAUAACCGAGGGCCCACGUGUCUCCGUUCCCAUUGGCAACCCGCGGCUUCUAAACAACCUACUUUCCUCAGGCCCCAAGUGCCGGCCUCCCUGUUUCCUGUCUGAUCCCUCCACAACCAUGGCAGAGUUGGGCCUAAAUGAGCACCAUCAAAAUGAAGUCAUUAAUUACAUGCGUUUCGCUCGUGCAAAAAGAGGCUUGAGACUUAAAACGGUAGAUUCCUGCUUUCAAGACCUCAAGGAAAGCAGGCUGGUGGAGGAGACUUUCACCAUCGAUGAGGUUUCAGAAGUCCUCAAUGGGCUGCAGGCUGUGGUACACAGUGAGGUGGAGUCCGAGCUCAUCAAUACAUCUCACACCAAUGUCCUGCUCCUCCGGCAGCUGUUCUCACAAGCCGAGAAGUGGUACCUAAAGUUACAGACAGACGUCUCUGAACUUGAGAACAGAGAAUUAUUAGAACAAGUUGCUGAGUUUGAAAAGGCAGAAUUUGCAUCUUCAAAUAAAAAGCCCAUCAUAGAUAUCACAAAGCCUAAACUUGUUCCAAUUAACGAAGGUGGAACAACUGAACUCCUAAACAAGGAAAUUUUAAGACUUCAACAAGAGAAUGAGAAACUAAAGUCAAGGCUGAAGACCAUUGAAACACAGGCUGUAAAUGCGCUGGAUGAGAAGUCAAAAUUGGAACGAGUACUUCAAGAUUUACAGCUUGAUCAAGGAAAUCAACAGGAUUUUAUCAAGGCCCAAGACUUGGAUGACUUGGAAAACACAGUUGCAGCUCUUAAGAGUGAAUUUCAGAAGACACUUAACGACAAGACAGAAAACCAAAAGUCUUUGGAGGAGAACCUAGCAGCAGCCAAACAUGACCUCCUCAGAGUACAGGAGCAGCUGAGCAUGGCUGAAAAGGAGUUAGAGAAGAAAUUUCAACAAACAGCAGCUUAUCGAAACAUGAAAGAGAUUCUCACUAAAAAGAAUGAUCAAAUCAAAGACCUUCGGAAAAGACUUGCAAAAUAUGAAUCUGAAGAUUAAAGACUGGAGGUUUUGUCUAGAACCUGCCACACAUGUACGUACAAGUUAUCUCCAUCCACCUCAGGCAUGUAUUUUGAAGCAUUUUGUCAUAUUCUCUUCUUUUUCUAAUGUUUAAGCUUUCCUUGUAAUAUUAGAACUAUCGUUCUUCUGUAAUUGAGAAGAGAAAAAACAUGUAAUGAUUCUUUUCUGUUGUCCCUAACACCUCUCUGUCAAAUGCUCCAGAGCCUCCAUCCAAGUACAGUGAAAUUUCUUCAUGGAACAAAGCGGUUUAGAGUGGGAAGAGAGCCAUCCUUUUGUAUUAGUGAGAGAACCUUUUAAUGUUAGAGAAGCUGGCAACAUCUAUACUUGUAUAGUCCUUAAAUGUAAAAACAAAUAGUAAAGUUAUUAAAACUUACAAAUAAACCUUUAUUUUUAAUAAUGAAAUCUUAAUUUAUCUGAUCAUCAAAAUGUAUCAACUUAUGGAAAAUAUGUUUACUUUCCACUCUAGUCCACAUGUCCAGUAAUUGUAAGGGAGAGUAAGCUGCGGUAACUAAAGGCUCAGUUAACCUUUGCAUCUCUCCAUCAUGAGUGCUGCUUACUAUAGGAAUAAGCAGACAUUUUUUGCGUCCUUACUUAUCAUGGAUCAGUUAUGGACAAAGAAGUCAGAUUCAUCCUAUACUUUCACAGUUUUAAAAGCAGAUGGACUCAGAGAGAUGGACUUACUUGCAGAAUAUACUUUUAGCUUAUACAUGAAUUAGUAUUCUUUCAAACUCUGCCUCAACCUAAAGUUGUUGACUAAGUUCCAGGUUGUACUUUGGUUUGUAUAUGUGUAGAGAACUGGCAUUUUUCAAGAGAUUUUAAUAUUUCAGUUGGUGUGCUUUUCCUCGGGUGAUCAUAUAUAAAGUGCCAGAAACAGGACAUGACGCCUACAUUGUGCGAGUUAAACCUAAGAAAGCAUUUACCCUUCACAUAUUAAUGUGGAAGAAGUUUUCUAAUUCUCAAAGCAAACGUGUCACAUCCUGUGUGAACAAUCCUAAGAGAGGCUUUUCCAUUUCUACCAAUAGGGAACUUACUUCCAGAAAAGAGUUCAUUGAUCAGAGCUUACAUCUUUGUUAUUUUCACUCAGUAUUAGCUUUGAAUAUACUGUGGAAUUUUUGUAGCAUUAUUAACUACUAAAGGAACAAAUAAUAUCGAAGUUAUUUCUCUCUAAAAAAAGCUGGGGAGGCAAUCUUAGGAUGAUGAAUGAAUCCAAAAAGGAAGAGAGAAAAAAUAAUAAGGCAACAUUUUCUACACGUUUUUUCUUGUCCAUUUGUUUCUAGCUGUAUCGCUUAUCAGUUUCAUGUAGGGCUACCAUUGUGGACUGUAGUUUCACCCUGGGUUUCCAUUUGUAAACCGGAAUGUUCUGUGUAUGUCAGAAAACAACUUGUAACUAAAUGGAAAACGUGUCUUUGA